AUCUUGUGCACCACAUGACCUCGUUGUCGUGUCCCGUGACCAGCUCACGUGAAUUUUGGCAAAUUCAAACGUUUUUUUUUUCGGCGGCGAGGGAUGGACAUUUUGGAGCAGCAACUCGAGCAACAGGAUGUCAGGUAGCGUUUACGUUAAAUAUCGACCGCCUGAUAUUGCAAACACCUAUCCCUUCCGUCUCGCCCGAGGUCUCCUCAAGGUCAUCAUCACUUAGUGCACAGUGCGCACUUACUUACGCCGUAGGACCGACACACACAAUCGUCGAACGUCGUGAAGGACGAGGACGGCGGCGGUGGUGGCCCGGGGAUCGUUAUAGAGGAAGCAGAGAUCGUGGAUUGCGAAGGAGAAGCCAUUGGAGAAGAUGAGAUGCGCUAUCAGGAAGCCUUAGCAUAUCGAGUUGUCCAAGUGAAUGGCACGGCGGCGAUUCAGUCGGCCAGUGAGAUAGAACUGCCGGUGUCGCAGCCGGGCAACAAUACUGUACAGGUCCUAACGUCUCCAUUGAACGGCCAGUUUUACGUUAUUGGAAAUGCUAAUGAUGUCUUUACCACGGCGCAAGCGUCGAGAUCGUUGGUACCAAGGACAACCACGCUGCAGAUAGAAACCCCGAGGAAUUGUAGCACUGGCUUGAAGAAGAGGGAUGACAGGCGGAGAGCGACGCACAAUGAAGUUGAGCGCCGACGUAGGGACAAAAUAAAUAAUUGGAUCACAAAGUUGGGCAAGAUCAUCCCCGAAUGCAAUACUGGUAACACAGCUAGCAGUGCCGGCAGUGGAGAAGGAAAGGCCAAUUAUGAAACACAGAGCAAAGGGGGCAUCUUGGCAAAGGCGUGCGAAUAUAUAGGAGAACUGCGUACCGCUAAUCAAGGUCUAGGUCAAUGUCUGCGAGAUAACGAGAAAUUACGACAAGAAAUCACGGCGUUGAAACAAUUAGUUACCCAAUUGAAACGUGAGAAUCUUCAACUCAGAUCGCAAAUAUCGUCUUCGUCAUCGGCUGCAAGUAACGACGUUGUACACUUGAGUCCUUAAGCUUCCUCGUAAGUUAAUGGUUCUUUCUGUAAAUACUAGGAUUUAUAUAAAUUGCCUUACCACAUAGAAAUAUAAUUUUUGAUAUUUUCUCUGGUGACUGCACCUGGCGCGAUAAACGUUUAACAUAUUCAUUGUCCAAAAUCAAAUUCGGUGCUUCUAGCAAUAUUAUAGUCAUGACUACACAUCUAUUAUUACAUAAUAUUAACGUUUUAUAUACAAAUCUACAAAAUGUACUAUUUUAAAAAAAAGAAUGUUGAUUUUUAUGGGACAAAAUUCGUCAAUUCUUUUAUAAUUCAAUGACUUAUGAGUUAUGUAAUUUCAAAAGUCAUGUAGAAAAUCUUGAUUAUGUCAAUCCCAGGAGUAAUGUACAUAAUACAUUAUCUAUUAACACACAACGUAAGUAUUGUAGUACAUAUAUGAUACAUUGAUAAAAAACUUUCCAAUCUUUGGAAAUAUAUUUCUACACAUUUUUAAUGUAGUAACAGUGUAGUUGUGACUGUUGCCUAAAGGAUUUACACAAGUAAACGUAAAAAUACGAUACACACGUAUGUAACAUGUCGAUGUAGACAUGUGUUAUUAUGGAAUAUCGUGGCUGUGAAUAUUGAAACGUUGACCUGGUGUUCUCGAUUUUUCGGUAAAAAAAAACAAUAAUGGUGAUGCAGCUGAGAUCACUUCGAGGGUGAGGAGGAUUUUUGGUGAUUCGCGUUACCUGUGGACGUGAGGAUCGAAUUACUUGCAGACCAAGUGUGCAGCAGAAUUCGUUGAAUAUUUUUUAUUUUUAAUACUGUUUUCAUAAUUGUAGGAUAGAGAAUAUCCCCUUUAGAGUUUUUUGACUUAGGACUCAAAUUGUAAAAUAGUUUAAUUGUACACUCGUAUGAACAUAUAUAUAUAUUUAUAUGUAUGUAUGUAUAUAUACACGUAUGUGUACAUAUGCACAGAUCAGCACAUGCAUAUACGGCAAUAACGUUUCUUCCAAUCAGAAACGAAGCUGCAAAAAGAAGAAAAAGACGCGUCGGAAUCAAAGCUACCAAGCAUAAAAUAUCUCAGAAUGUAAUAUAUCGUUGAUGUACAUACCGCGAGGUUAUUGUUAUAUAAUAAUAAUUAUUAUUGAAACG